GACGUGCGCGCCGGCGGCUCCGUCUCCAAGUGCGCCGACGCCGGCUACUUCCGGCGCAGGGAGGUGUGCGGCGAGUACGAACGCUGCGUGCGCUGGCCGGGCGCCACCAACGGACUGCGCUUCUUCUACGAGUGCCCCAGUGGCAUGCUGUUCGACGACAGGUGGGAGAUCUGCACGUGGGCGUCUGCCACCGAGCCGUGCGAGAACUCCAACACCGAGGUGCCGCCAGUGGAGCAUCACGAUGUGCCGUGCGAGGCCGACGGCUACUUCGCCGACCCCAGCAACUGCAAGUACUUCCAACUCUGCCGCGACUACUACAACAACGGCACCUUCACCAAGUUUGAGUUCAAGUGUCCGUACGGUCUGGGCUACGACGACGUCGAGCUCACGUGCACGUGGGCGUGGUUGGUGCCGCGCUGCGGGGCGUCGUCCACCAUGAAGACGCCGUUCUCGCAGGACGAGCUGACCACCAUGGCCUCUGGGCUACGUUCGAGCUCGGCCGCCGUCGACGAGGACAAGCUGCAGCGCUUCAGCGCCGAGCUGAGUGAGUUCGAGCGGCAGCACGACAAGCCGGAUUCGCCGGCCGGCCGCAGCGACAUGCAGGACAAGCAGGACGAGCGCGGCUUCCUCGACAUCGUCAUUGGCUCUGUGCGGUCGCUGUUCGCCAGCGCCUGGAGUCGACUCACGGGCGACAGCGACGCGCUGGAGUCGGCCACGCCGCCCACCACGCGCACACUAGCUGAAAGCGCGCUGGAGGCGCCGCUGUCGCGGGUGCGCCGCUCACCGCAGUGGUCCUACUUGCCGCCGAGCAGGGAUUUCGGUACGGAGGUGUCCAAGCCGCCAGCGCAGACGGACGUGUUCCAGCUGCCGCCGCCGCCGCCGCCGAAGCAGGACGCAGACGAGCUGGACCCAACACGCCUGCGCCCUCCGCGGCCGGGACCAGGGGACAGCGGCGUCGGCGAGUCACCCGCUCCAAAAACGGGGCUCGGUGAAGUCACUGGGGACGGGGAGCAGACAGGCACACGGGUGCAGACGGGUGAGUCCGGCACUGGAAAGGAGCAAGAACCACCGGAAGGGGCAGCACCAGGAUCGCGGGUGCCAAUACAGACUACACCCGGCAAGCCAACCAAACCCGAGUAUCCGGGGGCUCCCGGCCCAUCCAGGCCGGGACCUCAGGUCAGCCAAGCACCCAGCGGUGCUGGAACCCCUGGCCGGCCAGGCAAACCCGGCACAACCGGACAACAGGAAACGCCGGGCACGCCCGGACAACCAGGCACCUUGGGAUCUGGAGGUUCGGUCGGUACUCCGGGACGGCCUGGUGCACCUGGACGACCAGGAACUCCAGGAACUCAAGGCAGACCCACCACUGGAAGUGGUCCUGCCACGAAAGGUCCGUCUGGAGCUCCACGCAGACCUGGCACAGAAGUAGGACCUGGAACAGGAGGUAGGCCAGGAACACCGGGAGAGCCCGGAACAGGAGGCACACCAGGAACCCAAGGCACGCCUGGCAUAGGAGGAAGGCCUGGAACAGGAGGUAUUGGCAUUCAAGGUACGCCUCAGACAGGAGGUAGGCCUGGAACAGAAGGCACACCGGGAGUUCCAGGCAAGCCAGGAACACAAGAAAGGCCUGGAACAGCAAGAAGACCUGGGACAGGGGGUACAGGAGGAACUCAAGGCAGGCCUGGAACAGGUGGGAGACCAGGUGAAGGUGGACUUGGGCCCGACAGUGGUUUCCCCGAGGGUUCCCGAGGACCCGGUGGCAGUUCGCCAGCAUAUCCCACCGGCUUCCCAGGACCACAGGGACGACCGGGCUCAAGACGACCAGGAACACCAGGCGAACCAGGAAUACCAGGCAAACCAGGAACGGGGGGCACACCUGGAGCAGGUGGCAUUGGCACUCAAGGUAGGCCUGGAACAGCAGGCACACCGGGAGUUCCAGGCAAGCCAGGAACACAAGGAAGGCCCGGAACAGGAGGAAGGCCUGGAAUUGGGGGUACAGGAGGAACUCAAGGCAGGCCUGGAACAGGUGGAAGACUAGGUGAAGGUGGACUUGGUCCCGACAGUGGUUUCCCCGAAGGUUCCCGGGGACCCGAUGGCAGUUCGCCAGUCUACCCUACCGGCUCACCAGGACCGCAGGGACGACCAGGCUCAAGAAGACCAGGAACACCAGGCGAACCAGGAAUACCAGGCAAACCAGGAACGGGAGGCACGCCUGGAGUAGGAGGCGUUGGCAGUCAAGGUAGGCCUGGGACAGGAGGCAUACCGGGAGUUCCAGGCAAGCCAGGAACACAAGGGAGGCCCGGAACAGGAGGGAGGCCUGGAACUGGGGGUACAGGGGGAACUCAAGGCAGGCCUGGAACAGGUGGAAACCUGGUGGCGGUGGACUUGGUCCCGACAGUGGUUUCCCCGAAGGUUCCCGAGGACCCGAUGGCAGUUCGCCAGUUUAUCCUACCGGCUCACCAGGACCGCAGGGACGACCAGACUCAAGAAGACCAGGAACACCAGGCGAACCAGGAAUACCAGGCAAACCAGGAACGGGAGGCACACCUGGAGUAG